UCUCUCAAAAUGUCUCUCUCACUCCGCAGCAUCACUGGAAAUGUACCUGUGAAGUUUUCCGAUGAGGUCUCCGAAGCGUUGAAGCACAACAAGCCCGUGGUCGCUCUGGAGUCCGCGAUAGUGUCCGAGGGAGCCAGAUUUCCCCACAAUUUGCAUGAGGUGAACAAGGUGCUGGAAGUAAUCCGGAGCAACGGAGCUGUGCCGGGGAUGAUCGCCAUUCUUGAUGGUGCGGCUUAAUUAGUGAAUAAUGAUCAUAUCUCACCACGUGUGCGAUGUCCUUACAGCCCGUCUUUCGAGGAGAUGCCACACUUUUCUUUUUAGUUUGUCCCACAAAAGAUGUCACAUUUCCCAUUAAC